UAUUUAUUUACUUAUAUAUAAUGUCAUUGGAAUCCAAAAAAGAGGAUAAAGAGAUACACGAAAAAAUAGUGAUUAUUUCAAAUGAUAGUGAAAGUGAAUUUUCUUCAUUUAGCUUGAAAGAAGAUUCAAUUCUAUGCACUCAAGAGACUUCAUCUACUCUCGUUACUAGUUCUUCAAACAACACAUCACCUCCAACAUCUGUUAUUGUCAGAGAAAAGCCUCAAAAGAUAAGAAUGAGGCAAGUGAAGACAACCAAGUCAAUAGAGAUGUUAAUUCCAGAAUCAAAGAGUAACAGCCUGUUACCUACAGUUUUAUUUGCAUGUCAAGUUACUUGCAUACAUUAUUUAAGCUAUUAUGUAUAUCUGAAAGAAGAAGAGCCCUCUGUUGAUAUGAACAAGCUGGAUAUCAUUCUUGCUUCAAAUGGUUCAAUCCAUAUUCAAUGUUCUUUUCUUUUAAACGGAUUAGAAAAUGUGCUUGAGUAUCCUUUAUGGUUCCAAACCCCAUUAAAUAAGGUCAUGGCAGAUUGUGGAUUUAUUCAUAAUCAAACAGAAAAUGAUGGAUAUUGUCUUCAUUAUAAAAUUAAAAAAGCAUUUGUUACCACCCCACUUUCAUAUUUAUUAGACAAGAAGGCUCCUUAUGGAACACUUGAUAAGAUAGAAAUUAUCUUUGACUGGAUUCCAACACAAUCGAAGGAAUUCCAAUCGACUUGGAAGAGAAAAUUCAAUCUGGAUUUAAUAGGUCAUUAUAUAGAGCAAGCAUUUACGAAUAUUAUUAUAAAAAAGACAAGUUAUAUGUAUCCACUUAUAUUCUCUAAUUAUUAUACAAAGAAAAUAACAGGAAAUAUGUCUUAUUUGCCAAAUAUUGCACAGUCUUUAUACAAAAUUUAUAUCACUUCUAGAUCAACUAUGUCUGUUAAUAAUCAUGAUUUUAGUGAGAGUAUUUUACAAAAGUUAAAGGUGAUAAAGAAAAAUACAAUGAUUAUGAAUCCUUAUGAUCAUGAUGAUGAAGAAGACAUUGGUGAUAACAUGAUUCCAACUUAUUUGAUAUUAGGAAUGUAUUAUUCAAUCAAAAAUGCUCUAUUAUAUAGCGAUCUCAAACUACUACCAAAGUAUUAACUCAUGAUCCCCCAAAUGCACUUUAUACAGUUGCUCGAUUAUGGUCUGCUACUUGCUCUCCAACUACAUCAGUUUUUAAAUCAGAAUAGUAUAUUUAUAU